AUGGACAUUCAUCAAUUGGAGAAGCGAUGUGCCGAUCUGGCGUUGAUCGAAGAGGAUACUGGCGGUCUUGACGCGCCUGAGCCAAAGGCGAUGCCGGAUGCAUCGAUCCCUAACAAUCUCGUAGGCAGACUUCUAACCGAUCGUCCGAUACGAUUCGAGCACAUGCAACAUGUCCUGGCGUCAGUAUGGCGGCCGGUUAUGGGUAUGUACGCUGUUUCCUUGGCAGAUGAUCUGUUCUUAUUCCAAUUUCCACACCCGAAGGAUCUACAGCGAAUUCUGGACGACGGGCCCUGGUCCUUCGAAAAUCAUCUACUCCUUUGUGAACAGGUUCCGCCUGGGAUCCGGCCAGAGGAGGUCAUUUUAGAUUCCGUGCCAUUCUGGGUUCAGAUUCACGGUUUGCCUGCAAUGGAUGCCUCACCGGAUUUCAUCAUUAAAAUCGGGGAUUAUAUUGGAUCAUUUAUUGCUUCCGAUCCCUUCAAUUUCGGUGGUGCAUGGAAGAGCUUCUACAGAAUUCGAGCACGCAUGAAUGUGUUGGAUCCGAUCAAACGCCGCAUGAAGCUGAUACGUCGUGAUGGCUCGACGCACUGGGUCACCUUCAAAUACGAACGACUAGGCACUUUUUGCUAUUGCUGUGGCUGCCUCGGUCAUUCUGAUAAGUUUUGCAGGAUAGCAUAUGAGAAAGGGAUUCUGCCCGAUGAAUAUCCGUUCGGUGCUUAG